AUGGGUGCCCACACCGGCAGCCGUCGUUGCAGCCCGUCGACAUCGACGGCGAGGAGAAGAACAAGGCCGGCAGCAUCCUCCGCCGCCACCGUAGCCGCCAGUAGGCCUUCGCCGACGAAGCCGAUGAGCAAGGACGAUGCCGCGGAAGGCAAGGCGAGGACGAAGGCCUUCAACAGGCGAAGGGACAUGGAGGUGAGGAAGAAGAUGGAGGUGCUGAGGCGCCUCGUGCCGAGCGGCAGCGGCAACAGCGAUGACGACGAGGUCGAUGAGCUCCUUCUGCGCGCCGCCGGCUACAUCGCGUGGCUGCAGGCGCAGGUGACGGUCAUGCAGUUCAUGGUCGACGUGCUCGAGGACACGAAGCAUUAA